UCGAUCGCUCGUUUUGGUUUGUUAUAGAGAACCAAUGACGGAGGAGAGAAGAUGAUCGCCAUUUCCUUUCUCUCUCUAUCUCUCUGAUCAAUCAUCAACGGAUUCUGGCUUCCAUGGGCACAUUUCAGAGCUUCCGCAAAGCUUAUGGCGCUCUCAAGGACUCCACCAAGGUCGGCCUCGCCAAGGUCAAUAGCGAAUUCAAGGAUUUGGAUAUCGCCAUUGUUAAGGCUACCAAUCAUGUUGAAUGUCCGCCUAAAGAACGUCAUGUUCGAAAAAUCUUUACGGCGACGUCCGUUGUGAGGCCUCGGGCGGAUGUGGCGUAUUGCAUUCAUGCAUUGGCGAAGAGAUUGUCGAAGACGCGGAACUGGAUCGUUGCCUUGAAGACGUUGAUAGUUGUACAUAGGACAUUGAGAGAGGGUGAUCCAACUUUCAGGGAAGAACUUCUCAACUAUUCACAAAAAGGACACGUUCUCCAAAUAUCAAAUUUUAAGGAUGAUUCAAGUCCUCUUGCUUGGGAUUGUUCUGCAUGGGUAAGGACCUAUGCCCUUUUUCUAGAAGAGCGACUUGAAUGUUACAGAGUCUUGAAGUACGAUAUUGAAUCGGAACGUCUAACAAAAACAUCGCCAGGAUCGACGAAGGUACAUAGUAGGACACGCUUGCUGAACUCUGAUGAGCUACUGGACCAGCUACCCGCAUUGCAGCAGGUUCUCUACCGCCUUAUGGGAUGUCAGCCAGAAGGAGCAGCGUAUAGUAAUUAUCUUAUCCAGUACGCCCUGGCUCUCGUACUCAAAGAGAGCUUUAAAAUCUAUUGUGCAAUAAAUGAUGGAAUAAUAAACCUUGUGGACAUGUUCUUUGGCAUGCCAAGGCAUGAUGCAGUUAAAGCUCUCAAUAUAUACAAAAGAGCCAGCCACCAGGCUGAAAAUCUUGCGGAUUUUUAUGAAUAUUGUAAGGGAUUGGAACUUGCUAGAACUUUUCAGUUUCCCAUAUUGAAACAGCCGCCUCCAUCAUUUCUUGCAACAAUGGAAGAAUACAUAAGAGAAGCACCCCAGACAGCUUCUGUUAAUAAGAGACUGGAAUACCGAGUGGCAGAGGAGAUGACUGAGAAACCGGAAGAGCCUGAGGAACCUGCUGAAAUUGAAAAGGAGGUUGAAAAUGUUGACAACAAACCUCUUGAGGAAACAGAGGAAGAACCCCAACAGAAAGAAGAGAGCGUCCCUGAACCUCCACCUCUAAUAGCAACUGAGGAUACAAGUGAUUUUCUGGGUCUUAAGGAAAUAAAUCCUAGGAUUGCAGAAAUUGAGCAUAACAAUGCUUUAGCCCUUGCUAUAGUUUCAAAUGGGAAUGAUCCGUCUUCUGCAAAUCGUGCUUUGAGUGACUUUGGCGGUAGUGGUUGGGAGCUAUCCCUUGUUACCACACCAACCAAUAAUGCUGGUUCAACGGUCGGAAGCAAACUGGCGGGCGGGUUCGACAAGCUACUGCUCGAUAGCUUGUACGAAGAUGAACAUGCCAGAAGAAAUAUUCAGCUGCAAAAUGCAGGAUAUGGAACAUACGGUGAAAUGUAUGUGCAGAAUCCAUUCCAACAGCAGCACGACCCAUUUGCGAUGUCGAGCGGUAUAGCGCCUCCUUCGAACGUGCAAUUAGCAAUGAUGGCUCAGCAGCAGCAAAUGCUUUACCAGCAGCAACAACAGCAGCAGCAUCAUCAAGCGUUACAAACAAACGCGUUCCCUCAGCAACAACAGUUGCAUUUAGAUGAGUCUAUGAUGAUGGUACCUUAUCAACAACAGUUGCCUCAGAGCAAGUACCCUCAACAGCAACAAAUGCAGCAACAACAUCACCAACAAAUGCAACAAUUUGGUCAGUCUAAUCCUUUUGGAGACCCUUUUGUUCCCUUUCCUCAGAAUUCUGUGCCGCCGGGGGGAAAUCAUAAUCUAAUCUAGAUUUUUCAUUUUUCUUUUUUUUGUACCUUUUUCAUUUCGCUUCAAGUUCUUCUGUAAUCUUUUUUUCUUCCUUUUUAUAAUUUUUCAUAGGGAAAUUAUGAGUUCUCAGUGUGAAGUUGAUAAGUUUAUUAUGUGUAACUAAUUAUUAAAUAAUGGAAGCUGUAAUCUGAUUUUUGGGAAUA